CUAGACCGCAUGGAUGAUAGAUCAUCCUCCUGAGCAGUCCUCUCUCGCCCAACGACGAUGAAGUCAUAGCGAAUCGCUUGCUCUUCGCUGACGCCUGCUCUGUAGGGCUGAUGCUGCGCACUGGGUCCUGGCCAUUGGACCCCGGAUUGACUUUCAAGAGAUAAAUAACCGGUGGAUUCCACCGCUUCGGUGGGUUUCGUUUCUCAUUUUUUUUUCCCUCCCAGAAUUGCCGAUACCCGACUACCACCACAACAAUAUUAUAAUCCUUACUGCCGUCACGCCCCUCCUUUUCAACACUCACAUUCACCCGCAUUCACUCAUCACAUUUUCACCAUGUUCAACUGGUUCAAGUCGUCCAACAAGGAGUCCGCUCCCACCCAGCAGCCCACCUGGGAUGCCAACACCGUGACCAUGCAGCAGCCCUCGGGCCCUGAGGCCCCUGUCACCGAGCGGGUCGUCACCGGCCAGCCCAACCAGCCCGAACAGAUGCAAAUGAGCCUCCGUGGUGGUGGUGAGGGCGAAGACGUCUGCUGUGGAGUCUGCGCCGGUCUCUGCUGCUUCGAAUGCUGCGAGUGCUGCUGCUAGACACGAUAAAACCGUCGUCGACAUGCGGAUAGAAUAUUCCCCUAAUGUCCCACGAUCUCAUCACAAAGGGGUAUGACGACUGAUGACCGGAUCAUCAGGAGUCGCGCGUGUUUUGUUUAUACUAUACCGGAGAAGAAGGGCGCCCGUGGUUGUGUAUAUUCUAAUAUAUCAUGAUAUAUAUUAAUGCAGUCUAUGCUUUAUGA